AUGACACCACCACUCACUCCAAUAAUAUUAGACAAACAGGCUAUCAGCGGGAUAACUGGUUCGAUAUCAUUAGCAUGCUGGAUUAUAGUCUUUGCUCCUCAGAUCUAUGAGAACUUUACUAGAAAAUCAUCGGAGGGGUUAUCUCUAACAUUCAUUAUCUUGUGGCUUGCAGGAGAUGUGUUUAACGUACUAGGAGCAGUCAUGCAGGGUCUACUACCAACAAUGAUUAUACUAGCCGUGUACUACACCUUGGCUGAUAUUGUUCUACUUUGGCAAUGUUUGGUAUAUGGUAAUGGUGAAGACAACAAGGAAAAGGUUAACCCAGAUUUCACGCAUUUAUCACCCGCAACUCCCAUUAAUGAGGAUGUGUUGGUGUCUGCGUAUUCACACAGUCAAAGCCCCCAGAUUAGAGAUGAUACUGACAGUGUACGAUCAGGCGGCAAAUCAUCCAAAUUACAAACUGCGCUUGUCAAUACUUUAAUGGUUUCCUUGGUGAUUAUAUCAGGUAUAGUAGGUUGGUACAUCUCCUACAUCAAAGACUCGCAUCGCAAACAUCCUGGCGGGGGCCAACAUCACCCAGAAGAUCUUGUAUUUGACCCAUUGGCUCAAACUUUUGGCUGGCUCUGUGCCAUUUUAUACUUGGGAUCAAGGGUGCCCCAGAUUGUUUUAAACUAUGAACGUAAAUCCUGUGAGGGUAUUUCGUUUAUGUUUUUCUUGUUUGCGUGUUUGGGUAAUUUGACCUAUGUCAUUUCCAUAUUAUCGAUCGAUACAAGUUUGCAUUAUUUGUGGGUAAACAGUUCUUGGUUAGCUGGGUCAUUGGGUACUUUGGCUUUGGAUUUUACAAUUUUUGUUCAGUUCUUCUUGUACAAUGGAACUGAAGAUGAACUAUAUGACAGUGAAAGUGAAAUCUCUUCAUCUUCAGCUGAUGAGCCUUUACUUGCUACAGGUGGUAACUCGUACGGUACUACUAGGAGUUAG